UAACCUCCCGGUAACCCCCGGUAACCCCCGGUAACCCCCGGUAAGGCGCAGCCGGCGAUGGCGGGACGCGACUCCGUGCCCGGCCUGAGCAGCCUGCAGAAAACCGCGCUGCUGCUGGGCGUCCCGGCCGCCGCCACCGUGUGCUACAUCCUGUACCGGCGCUACCGGGAGAGCCGAGAGGCGCCGGUGACGCUGGUGGCGGACGAGGGGCUGGAGGUUGGGCUCAGGGUGCCCCGCACGGCCCUGAAGGCGCUGAUCGGCCGCCGGGGAGCCACCAUCAACCAGCUGAGGCGGGAGACCGGAGCGCAGAUCGCCGUGGAGGAGGAGGAGGAGGAGGAGGAGGAGGCGGCGGCCGGGGGCCGCUCCCUGGUGCAGAUCUCGGGCUCGCCGGGCCAGGUGUGCCGGGCCAGGGCGGCCGUGCUGCGCAUCGUGGCCGAGAGCGCGCCCGUGGCCGAGCAGCUCUGCGUGCCGCAGCGCGCCGUGGGCAGGAUCAUCGGCCGCGGCGGGGAGACGGUGCGGGGCAUCUGCCGGAGCUCCGGGGCUCGCGUGGACUGCGGCCACGAGCCCGACGCCGGGCUGGCCCCGGUGCGAGUCAUCCGCCUGCUGGGGACGCGCAGGGAGGUGGAGGCGGCCAAGAAGCUGAUCAUGGAGAAGCUGGCGGAGGACAAGGCGCUCCGCCGGGAGCUGGCGCAGGCGGCGGCCGCGCGGUGCCCGCGGAAGCAGCCGCUGGGCAGCCGCCGGGAGCCGCCGCCGGAGCCUCCCCCCGGUGCUCCCGGGAGCGCCGGCGGCUGGCGGGAGUGCUGGGAUAAUGACUGGGCACCGGAGGCAGCGGCGGGGAGCAGCGCCGGGAUGGAGACGGGGCAGACGGAGGCGGCGGAUGAGGGAGAGGAGCGGCGGGAUGGGAGCGAGGAGCACCGGGAUGGGAGAGAGGAGCACCGGGAUGCGGGAGAGGAGCACCGGGAUGGGAGCGAGCAGCACCGGGAUGGGAGCGAGGAGCACCGGGAUGGGAGUGACGAGCACCGGGAUGGGAGAGAGGAGCACCGGGAUGGGAGCGAGGAGCACCAGGAUGGGAGCGAGGAGCACCGGGAUGGGAGCGAGGAGCCGCCUGUGGCCAAGUUCGAGGUGCCCAGCCCGGAUUUCGGCUGCCCAGUGGACGAGCUGCUGGACGUGUACGUGUCGGCGGCCGAGAGCCCCGGGCGCUUCUGGGUGCAGCUGCUGGGCGCCCGCAGCCUGCAGCUGGACCAGCUGAGGGCCCAGAUGGGCCGCUUCUACCGGAGCAGCCCCCCGGUGCCACCCCCGUCGCUGCAGCCCGGGGCCAUCGUGGCCGCUCCGUGCCCGGCCGAGGGCGAGUGGCGCCGGGCGCGCGUGGUGGCCCCGAGGGACAGCGGCCACCUGGAGCUGUCCUACCUGGACUUUGGGGACAUCGGCGAGGCCACCCCCGAGGCGCUGCGGGCCCUCAGGAGCGAUUUCCUGAGCCUGCCCUUCCAGGCCAUCGAGUGCAGCCUGGCCGGGAUCGUCCCCAACGGUGCCCGCUGGCCCGCCCCAGCCCUGCAGGAGUUCCGCCGCCUGAGCGGCUGCGCUGGCCGGGCGCCGCUGCGGGCGCGGAUCUGCAGCUACGGCCCGGCCGGGCCCCGCCUGCGGCUCCUGGCCCACGGACAGAGCCUGGACGUGGGAGCCGAGCUGGUGCGUUUGGGCUAUGCUGUGCCCGGGCCCCCCGAGGAGCCCCCGGACAAUCUCGGCUGCGCCUCCACCCCGAGCCCACCGGAGCCCGGGGCCAGCCCCGGGACCCCGCCGUGCCUCAGCCCGCCCGGUGAGCCCGGCGCCGCCGUUCCCGGUGCCGCCGUGCCCGGGGAUGCUGCCCCGGUGACCUGAAGCUGCCCGGUGCUACCGGGAGCCGCUCCCGGUGACCCCACCACGGGGGCCGGAGCGGCUCCCGGUGCCAGCCCCGCCUGCAGCCCCCUCGGCGGAGCCCUCCGGGGGACCGGACCGACGAACCGCGGGGAUCUCCGCUCGUGCCUCGCCGCACCGGCACCGAGAGCCGCCGGUGCCCUUUCCGUUACCGGGAACGUUCCCGUGACCCGUAUCCCGGUUCCCUCGCCUUGUUUUCCGUUCCGUUGUGGUUGCGAGUUAAUAAAGUUGAAGGUUUCGCAGC